AUGGUGGCCACAUCAGGGUCGCUCGUGCCGCUGCCAACACCGACCAUCGACUCUGUUGCCAAUGUCUGGUUUCAGCGCCGGGGCGAGACACAGUGUCGCCGAGGAUCUCUCACCAUCACGGCGCACCAUCUCGUCUUCGAACACAAGUCGUCGUCGACGUCCGAACCAUCGACACGGCGUCUGUCGAUUCCACUUUCGCUCAUCCUAAAGGCAACUCGCAUUCCUUCAUUACGCUUCUCCACGCAGGCAGGCUCGCCCUCGCAACGCAUCUAUCCCAUCACACUCUUCUACAAGACCUUUGACUCGGCUGCAUUUGCAUUCCAUGCAGAGCACGACCAGCUCGCGAUCUUUGAAAGCCUUAAAGAGUGCGCCAUCCUCACAGAUAUUUCGCAGCUCUACGCUUUCUACUAUCAGCCAUCAUCCAGCGCGGGUCCAUCUCAGCAAGAUCUCUCUCGCGUAUAUGACCCAAAGACAGAGUUCGCACGUCAAGGCAUCGGCGCUCGCUCCAAAGCUUGGCGCUUCACCGACAUCAACGCACAGUAUGCGUUCUGCGCCUCCUACCCGUCCCUGAUGGCAGUCCCGUCGCGCAUCAGCGACACCACUCUCAGCUAUGCAGCAAAGUAUCGCAGCAAGGCCCGCAUCCCUGCCCUCACAUAUCUGCACUGGGCCAAUCACGCCUCCAUAACACGCUCCAGUCAGCCCAUGGUCGGUCUCAAGAAUGCACGCUCCAUUCAAGACGAGAAGCUCAUCGAGGCCAUCUUCACCUCGCACAACUUUGCCGAUCCUGAAUCCAUCACCGCCAAAGCAGUCGCGGAUGCGUCCAACGGUGCAGCUUCUGCUGCUUCUGGCGCCGCUGCCGUGGCCACCGUCUAUGGGGCCACCACCACGAACCUCAUCGUUGAUGCACGCCCUACCACCAACGCCAUGGCGAACGUAGCAAAAGGCGCAGGCACCGAGAACAUGGAGUACUAUAAAGGUUGCAAAAAGUCGUAUCUCGGCAUCGACAACAUUCACGUCAUGCGGGACAGCCUCUCCAAGCUCACCGACGCUCUUCGUGAGAGCGAGCCGAUCGCCACUUUCGGCAUGCGUGUCGAAGCUCUCGGUGAUACGGCUGCCACAGAUGUCGUCACAGAUGGAUCCGGGUCUGUGCUGCGCCUUCAUCCCACCCCAGUCGACUCGAACGCCCUUCGCAAGUCCAUGUGGCUCAAACACAUCCAAUCGCUCAUGGAAGGAUCCAUGUCCAUCGUGCGCAAUGUUCACAUCAACAGCUCGCACGUUCUGAUCCAUUGCUCGGAUGGUUGGGAUCGCACAUCCCAGCUCGCCGCCAUUGCGCAGAUCUGCCUCGAUCCCUACUUCCGUACUUUCGACGGUCUCGCUGUGCUGAUUGAAAAGGACUGGCUCAGCUUCGGUCACAAGUUUACCGAUCGCGGCGGUCUCAAAGGCUCUGACCGCUACUUUACCGUGGCUUCUAAGCAAGCAUACGGCAACCUGAACGAGGACGAGGACGAUGGCUACGGUACGGAUCCCGAAUUGGACAAGGCCAGCUCGAACCCUGCUGGCGGCGGUUUCGACGGUCAAGCUGCUGCAAAUGCCUUCUGGGGCUUCACCAAGCAGCUCACUGCUAAUUUCUCGGCCGCCACCUCGGGUGCUCCCGCCGGACCCAAGAAGGGCUCUAACAUCAAAGAGACCUCGCCCGUCUUCCACCAAUUCCUCGAUUGCAUGUGGCAGAUCAUGCGUCAGUUCCCAGAGCGCUUCGAGUACAAUGCAGCAUACCUCGUCGAGUUGCACCAAGCCCUCCAUGAGUGCAAGUACGGCACCUUCCUCAUGGACUGCGAACGAGAGCGUAGCAGGCCGCAAGAUCACGAAGGCAGAGUACUUCCCGCUCUCUCGACUCGCACCGUGAGUGCGUGGACGGACUUGCUCCAUUCAGAGACGAAGCUCAGGCAUCGCAAUCCACGCUACCAACCGGCCCUCGAUGAUCGCGACCCGAAACGCAAGGGGACGGACAUGGGUGUGCUCAUCGCCGACUCCCGCGACGUGCGCUACUUCGAGCAGCUCUUCCAACGCGCGUCGGGUGACAUGAACGCUGCUCUCGACAAGGAAGCCGACGAGAGGCGGCGCGCCAAGGAAAGACUCGAGAGGGCAGUGCGCGGCGAUGUUGCAGCAGCCUCGACCGAUGCUCUAGGAGAGCAAUCAGGAGCAGCCGCUGCAGUCAAAGUGCCGGGAGGCGGCGAGUUGGAGACAGCAGAUGCGGCGAUUGCUGUUGUUGGUCCAAACGAUCCCGAUCCGGUUCUCAACCCUCUAGCCGCGGCCGCAGCAGGCUCGACAGCACCAACCGCAAAUCAGGGUCUUGCGACUUCUCCAGCGCCGGGUGCCGUCGACCUGGCCACCAACGGUCAGAUUGACCCAGCGCGGCUCCAAUACCAAGCAAGACAACCGCGCACUCGUGCUCAGCCGACUGCAGGUGCCGCAUCUUCGCUUUCGGCAAAUGACUCUGCGGCGGCAAUGGCAAACGUGUCGAAUGCUGCCGACGCUGCUGCCAAUCGCAUGAAGAAUCUCUUCAUCGGCGGCUGGGGACGGCUGCAGGAGGCUAUGGCGGCACCUGCAUCAGAGGGAGGGCUAUCCUCCAGCGACUCUGGACGGUCAACGCCCCAACCUCCAAGCCCGACAAAGGCGAGCGGCGGGUCAGCGCCACUUCAGGCUGCGGCAUCGAAUCCACUCGGUGUCAGUGGCGACCCGAGAAGUCAACCCUACGCAAAUACAGCGCCGGCACCUUCUGUGCAUGCUGUGCACAAUCCGUGGGCGACCAGAUCGGGCAUGCGUGCCGAGAUGCAGCGCGAGCACGUGGCGAUGCGUGCGCAUCAAGCCAACCUUGCCCGUCCAGGUUUUGGACCUGAACAUCGGCAGCAAAGCUGGACAGGAACCACGCAUGCGAGCAGCGGAGCGAGUUUGGGGCUCGGGCCGACCGAGAGGAAGGAGGAGAGCAAGCAGAGCACCAGCAGCGCAGCCAUGUCGGAUCCGCUGGGUGUUCUAUGA